AUGAUCAACAUUCUUCAGGCGCUUGCACGCUUUCUCGACCGCCCUCUCUUUCCGUGGAAGACGGUCCUGGUGGGCUUUUCGCUUGGUCAACAUGUCUUAGAAAGCUUUCUUUCGUACCGCCAAUAUCGUGUUCUGCAGCGUACUAAGCCGCCAAAGGUUUUGGAAGGAGAGGUUACCCAGAAAGUCUUUGAUGACAGCCAGACAUAUGGUAGAGCGAAAGCCAAGUUUGGCUUCUUUACCGCCCUCUUUGGUCAAGUCCAGAACCUCGUUUUUAUCUACUAUGACUUCUUGCCCAAGAUAUGGAGCCUAGCAGGCCUGUGGCUUACUCAGUACUUUCCAUCAUGGUUCCAAGGCGAAAUCGGACACACGCUUGUUUUCUUCUUCGUUUUCAACCUAUUGACCACCGUUCUAUCACUUCCAAUCUCGUACUACAAUACCUUUGUCCUCGAGGAAAAGUUUGGUUUCAACAAGCAGACGGUCAAGCUCUGGGUAACCGAUAUGCUCAAAGGUCAAGCUCUUGGAAUCGUUCUGGGUGGUCCACUUAUGGCAGCAUUCUUGAAGAUCAUCCAGAAAACCGGUAGCCAGUUCUUUUAUUACUUGUGGCUUUUCAGCAUUGUGGUGCAAGUCUUUGCUAUCACUAUUUACCCGAUCGUCAUCCUCCCAAUGUUCAACAAACUGUCGCCUCUUGAAGCUGGCCAUAUCAAAACCGGUGUUGAACAACUUGCAACUAAAUUGAGCUUCCCGUUGCACGACAUCUAUUCCAUUGAUGGCAGUAAAAGAAGUGCCCACAGCAAUGCCUAUUUCUUUGGAUUUCCUUGGAAGAAGCAUAUCGUGAUCUACGACACUCUGAUGGAGAAAAGCGAACCGGAAGAAGUUGUGGCUGUCUUGAGUCACGAACUAGGUCACUGGAAGCUUGGACACACUACCAAAUUGUUCGCGAUUGCUCAAGCCCACAUGUUCUAUAUCUUUGCUCUAUUCACUGCAUUUGUCAACAACAAGUCGCUGUUCGAAUCGUUUGGUUUUUAUCAUGAAAAACCUAUCAUGAUCGGUUUCCUCCUGUUCUCGGACGCUCUGGCUCCAAUGGAUGCUGUCGUGAAGCUGCUGAUGAACAUUCUCAGCCGUAAAUUCGAAUUCGAAGCAGAUGCGUUUGCGUCCAACCUCGGUUACUCCAAGCUCCUAGCCCGGUCGCUCCUCAAACUCCAGAUCCAAAACCUGAGUACUAUGGAUGCCGAUUGGAUGUACGCCAGCUACCACUACUCUCACCCCAUUCUCUCAGAACGCUUGGGUGCGCUGGGCUGGAAAGGCGAGGGGGCUGACAAGACCGAAGACAGCGACAAGCCUAUCAAGGCUGCAGACAGGGAACUGUAG